CAAAAAACGAUCAGAGAGAGAGAGAGAGAGAGAGAGAGAGAAUCAGGAAGAUAAUUACAAGAUUGAUUAUCAGAUUGAUAAUGGGUCGAGCUCCUUGCUGUGACAAAGCCAACGUGAAGAGAGGACCUUGGUCUCCAGAAGAGGAUGCCAUACUCAAAGCUUAUAUCGAUAAACAUGGAACUGGAGGCAACUGGAUUGCUCUUCCUCAAAAAAUUGGGCUGAAGAGGUGUGGGAAAAGUUGCAGACUAAGAUGGUUAAACUACCUGAGGCCAAACAUCAAGCAUGGUAGUUUCACAGAAGAAGAAGACAACAUCAUUAGCAGCCUUUACAUUAGCAUUGGCAGCAGGUGGUCCAUUAUUGCGGCUCAGCUUCCUGGAAGAACAGACAACGACAUCAAGAAUUAUUGGAACACAAGGCUGAAGAAGAAACUACUUGGUAGGCGCAAAAAAGAAAACAGUACAGAUCAGGACAACUCUAAUAAUUCUGAUCAUCACACCCUCAGCAACUCGGCUCUCGAAAGGCUUCAACUUCACAUGCAACUUCAAAACCCUAAUUUCUCUUUCUACAACAAUCCUUCCCUCUGGCCUAAGUUGCACCCUCUCCAACAAAAAGUCAUCUGCAACACCCUGCAAUCCCUGAACCAUACCUCCGAUUUCACAACCAUGCCAGAGAAAGAUAAUAAUGAACUUUACAAACCAGCUUCUGCGAAUUAUACUACGGAUCAUGAUGAUGCAGUUCAACCAGAAGGCGUAAAGAUCAUCAAACCGGAGAGUUCAGGUCCAGCAACCGGUAAUAGUCCGGCGGACAUGGGCCGGAUUGAUCAGUUUGAUAUGGGAAUGGAUCAAGUUUCUGCAUUGCAAACUGAGCUUGAUGACAUUCUCAUGAGUGGUUAUGUGACAUCACAGCAGAAAAAGCAGGAGAACCAAGGAGGUGAAUAUGGUUUUUUCGGAGAGAUCAUGAGUAGUGGUUCAUCGAAGGACAAUUUGAGCUGGUGGUCCAAUGAUUUUGAUGCCGGCAGAUCAGCAUCCUCGAACUCUUGGGAUUCAACUACUACCACCAGCACUCCUCAAAUUCUUCAGCCAGAAGAUCAGGGAAUGUUUCAAGAUUAUGACCUAGGUUACAUUUUGUAGUCAAAGAAGAGAAGAUACCAAAAAUUCUUAGCUAGAGGUACGCUUCUUGAAUCUAAGAUUAGUAGGAGGAGUCAAUGAAUUAAGCUAUCUUAUUGGGUAUGUCAAGUGAUGGAUAUUGACGCGCUAUAGAUAGGCUCAUUAGAUUUUAACAAGUUCAUUGACUCCUCUUACUGAUCUUAUAUAUACAAGAAGUGUAUGUAAGAAUUUAUCAGGAAUCUCUCUCUGAGGGUAAAUUGUUGUAUAAUGGGUCACAAAAUGAGUUAAGAUCUGAGGAAUCUAGUAGCUAGAAGGAUGCUGUAAAAAAUGUUGAAUAAAUCAACCUCUUGUAUUUAGUAGAAACUCCUUAGUUGAAAACUAAAUGAUGUUUCUUGUCAUUCUUUUUUCUUUUUUCUUUUUUUGAAGAUUCAGUAAUCGUUUCCAUGAAUUUCAUCCGAGUGUGUGUGAGGGACUUUAUAUGUAUCUCAUAAUAGUUGUUUGGAUUUGGGGUACUGAUA